CAAAUGCUUAACAGUGUUUUACUACGGCCCUCUGAAGAGGCGAACACGGAGUUUCAAUUAAUUUUCUAAGUGCAAAUGCCUCCAAAACUCAAAUUUGCUGAAGGUGAAAAAGUCUUAUGCUUCCAUGGGCCCCUGAUAUAUGAGGCGAAAGCCCUCAAGAGCCAGGUGCUUAAGGACAAACAAGUGAGAUACUUUAUUCACUACGCGGGAUGGAACAAAAACUGGGACGAAUGGGUGCCGGAGAACAGGGUGCUCAAGUACAAUGAGGCAAAUGUGCAGCGACAGAAGGAGGUGUCGAAGCAACAUGCCAGCCUGGCGGCGAAGAACAAGAAGGCGCCCGGAAAGAGUAAGAAGUCCGAUGUGACGGCUAGUACGUCCAGCAAGGACAAGGACAGCGACUCGCGUGCCUCGACGCCGUCCAAAGAGCUCACCACCAAAGAGACCAAUGCGUCACAAGCUGCUGCCGCUCCACCGGCUGCACCCUCCUCCACCACGAGACGCUCCGUCAAACCGACCAACAGCACAGAGGCCGCCACUCCAGAACUGCCACGCAAGAAGCGGGGCCGUCUCGACACGAAUGCCGAGACGGAGGAACAGUUCCUCUCAAAGGUGGAGAUCAAAAUCAAGAUUCCCGACGAGCUCAAGCCCUGGCUCGUUGAUGACUGGGAUGCCGUCACGAGGCAGCACAAGCUGGUGGAGCUGCCGGCGAAGAACACCGUGCAGGACAUCAUUGAUGGGUAUGUGCAGUACAAAAAGGGGAGCAAGAGCACAACACCCAACAAGGAGACAGCUCUCACGGAUGUGGCCAGUGGGCUGAUUGAGUACUUCAAUGUGAUGCUCGGAUCUCAGCUCCUGUAUAAAUUCGAGCGUCCGCAGUAUGCUGAGGUGCUGCAGCAGCAUCCGGACAAGCCAAUGGCAAAAUUGUAUGGGGCAGAGCACUUGUUGCGCCUCUUUGUCAAAUUGGGAUCAAUGCUCGCCUUUACGGCUCUCGAUGAGAAAUCCAUUCAGAUUCUCCUCGUUCAUCUACAGGACUUUCUCAAGUAUCUAGUGAAAAAUAGUUCCACCCUUUUCAAUAUGCAACAUUUCGUCAAUGCCAGUCCCGAAUAUCAUCGCAAGGCGCAGUAAAAAAAAACAACAAAGAAGGUAAAGAAGGAGCGCCCCAUCUUCCUCCCACAACAGGUAAAGUUUUAAAAAACUAUAUUUUACCAUUGAACCCUUAUAUUAAAAAAAAUCAUUAAAAUAAUGUAAUUGUUUUAAAAGAAGAAAAAAUAUUAAAAAAAAUGAGUAUAACAAAAAAAUGCGUACUCUAAUAAGGGAGUUUACAACAAAUAAAAAAAAACUCUCUUCGAGAAAUAACUGUAAUAAUUGAUUAAUCUCCUAUUUGAAUGUUUCUGUUUUUCGCGAUUGAGAAAAGUAAAUAAUUGUUGUUCGAUUGAGAGGCAAAAGCAGGAAAAUAUCAUUUUUAGGACAAAUUUAAGAGUGUUUGUUUUCCAGCUGGAUCCCAAAGUCCCUCGUCUAUCAUGUACAGAUAAUUUUGUUAAUCUUGGCGCAUCUUAAGUCAUUUGUCUCAAUAUUUAAAAAAAAAAGUGAAUAUAAUAAAAAGAAUUUGUGUAGCAUUAGCGAUGAAAAUAAAAUUAAAAAGAAAAAAAGAUAAAAAACAAGUCGAGGAGCAUGAACAAAAAUGUAUACCGUGUUCCAAAUAAUGCGUCAAGAGAUGUGCCUAAAAUAAAAACUCAAGAGAUCUUUUUUUUUUGGUGUAGAUCAAGCGCGCAAAGGAAAGCAAAAAUUACAUGAGAAAUUUCUUCAUUCCAAUGGAUUUUUAGAAUGUUAUAUUAAUAAUUUAUUUAAGUGGUCCUAUACCAAAAUUUAUCGAAUAGCAUGGAAAUCUAAUCAUUUAACUUACACUUCAUGUGCUAUUAUAAUUAAUAAACAAGAAACAAGUGAGAAAAAAAUGAAAAUUCAAUAAUCCCAUCAAAUUGAGUAAAUAUAAAAAUUGAUUUUUAACAAAAAAAAACAAAAGAACAUGAGAAAGAAUGAAUAGAAUAUUGCGAUGUAAAA